CCAGGCACAGGCACUCCCAUCUGGCGUGGACUCUAGUGCCGAGGCAAUUAAGCAACCGAGCCAUGGCGAAGCCUCGCGGCGGCGGCGGCCUCCUGGAUCUGGAGGGGCACUACGCGUUCUACGGCGCCUACCACAGCAACCCAGUCAACGUGGGCAUCCACGAGCUAUUCGUAUGGCCCAUCUUCCUCACCACCCUCCUGCUCCUCCACCUCACCGCCCCGUUCGCGCACGCCGCCGGCAUCGGCGCCGCGGUCUACGGCGCCUACUACUUCCUCCUCGAUCGCCGCGCUGGUGCCCUCGCCGCGCUCCUCUGCUUCCUCUGCUGGGCCGCCAGCGGCGCACUCGCCGCCCGCCUCGGCUUCUCCCUGGGAUGGAAGGUGGUAUUGGUGGCUCAGUUGUUCUGUUGGACUAUGCAAUUCAUUGGCCACGGAGUUUUUGAGAAGCGAGCGCCUGCUCUCCUUGACAAUCUUGUCCAGGCUUUCUUGAUGGCCCCAUUCUUUGUUAUGCUAGAGUUUCUUCACACAUUUGCCGGAUACGAACCGUACCCUGGCUUCCACGCCAAAGUGAGCAAGUUGAUCGAGGAGGCCCGGAAGGAAUGGGAGGACAAGAAAUCGAAGAAAUCGGCAUGAGAUAUGCGUGACUCGACAACUCCCUACCAUAGCGGUCUGCCUGCUCGUCAUGGACCAGACCAACUGGAUUGGAUGAAACUCAACUAUUUAACGUGUAAUUGGUCAGGGAUGAUUCCUGCUUCUGUUUGUGUUGUAAAAUGAGGUAUACUCUGUUGGCUGUCGUGUAUAUUUUACUGAUACAAACGAAACUAGAUAAUAAUGUGAG